AACAGAUAUGUCGACGCAAACGUGGUGCGAUUUGCGAUCUUCUGCCCACGCGGACCACCCACGGCCAUGACGAUCCCACGCAUCCUCUGGAACAUGGGCGCGGGCCUGCUCCGGCGCCGCUUCUCGCCGCCCACGCCCGGCCUCCUGCUUAUCGACCGGCCGUCGAUCUGGAAGACGCGCAUUGGUGCUAUCGACACGGACCUCAACCUGCAUCUCAACAACGCGUCGUACCUGACGCAAAUGGAGUCGGCCACGUGGUUCGCCGUCGGGGCGUCUGGUAUCCUCGUGGAGAUCCUCCGGCAGCGCUGGCUCUUCCUCGUGGUCUCACAGGCCAUUCGGUACCGCCACCCGAUCCCGCCGCUGCGUCCCUUCCAUAUCCACUCGACUAUUGUCUACUGGGACGCUGACUGGCUCUACUUGCAACACCGCUUCGUGUGCCCGGCGACGGGUACUCUCUACGCGCAGUCGAUCGUGCGGGUCAUGAUCCGCCUCGGCAAGGCAACCGUGUCGCCGACGACCAUGUAUCGCACCGUGACCAAAGACGAGGUAGCUUCGUUUGUGGACAACUUGUCUAUUGGGUAUGUUUGUAGUCGCGCGCCUUUACGCCGCCGGCCAUGCCCGACGAAGUGCGCGAUUUUCUGGCGUGGGAGCGCUCGUGCGCGCACGGCAUGCAGCAGUUUGCUGCACCGUCGCGUGCAACGACGACGCCGACGUCUUUCAACUGGCCCUGGACAACCGACUAGGUAGUCUAGUCCUUUACCGUGGUAUUUGCAACCAGUAGGGGUUGUGUCGUCAUGUUGUUCAUAAUCAAUACGGCGUGGGCUGUCGAGGAUCCACUGCUACCUCGUUGCCCUUCCGUGUUAGUGCAAGCCA